UGAAUUGCGGUAUAGAAAAGUCUGCUUUGCUCAAUAUUUUAUGCCGAUAUAAUUUUGUUUUUUACUCAUAGAUUAUUUUGUGUUAUAACAAAUGUUUGUUAUAUACAACCAAAUAUAAUAUAAUUAAUAUGCUGUCUAAUGUCUAAUCAGUGUUUACGAAUUUACUACUAUAUAGUGUCGGUUAUAUUAUCAAUUUUACCUAUUAAAUAUUUGAAACGUACCCCUUGGAGUACUAAUAAAAGUUAAAGAUGGGUGAUAUAAAAUCUUUUCUGCAUCAAUGGUGUACAAAAAAUGGCAAAGAACCACAAUUUGAUGUGAGACCAACAGGGUUGAAACAUAGACAACGUUUCCUAUGUGAGCUACGUAUACCUGGAUUUGAUUAUGUAGGUGCAGGAAAUUCAACUAACAAAAAAGAUGCUCAAGGCAAUGCAGCUAGAGACUAUGUUAAUUAUUUAGUCCGUACAGGACAUGUAAAUGCUAAUGAUGUUCCAAAAGAUACAAACAAUCUUCAACCAUUUGAUGCAGUACCUAUUAAAGUGGAAGCUCAGAAUCCUACAACAAAAUCUGUGUUUCAAGAUGGAAUGGGUCCUAACGAUAUAGGACAUGCAUAUAGAGUAUAUAAUGAACAUGGUCAAGGCAAUUAUACGUACAUGGAUAGAAUAGCAGACCAGAAAAGAGUUGAAGAUGCAGAAGAUGUUGAUGUAAAUUCUGGAAUUCAUGGAAAUUGGACUAUAGAAAAUGCUAAAUCAAAACUUCAUCAAUUUAUGCAAACUAAUAAAAUUAAUACUGAUUAUAAAUAUACCCAACUUGGUCCAGAUCAUACAAGGAGUUUCAUGGCCGAAAUGACGUUUUAUGUAAAACAGCUUGGGAGAGACAUUACUGGUCGGGAAACUGGUUCGAAUAAGCAAACUGCAUCAAAAAGUUGUGCUUUAUCUCUUGUCAGACAGUUAUAUCAUCUUGGUGUUAUCGAGGCAUUUAAUGGCACUUUAAAAAAGAAUAAAGAAGCAGAACAAAUGAAACCAUAUCCAGUUAAAAUUUCACCAGAAUUAAUCAAUCAAAUAUAUGAUGUUCUUUCAAGUUUAAACGUAACACCCAUUUCCGUCAAAUCGGUUGAGGAAUCAGUUCAACAACAGGAAGAUCAAUCUACCAAUGCUGUUUCUCUAUUAACAAAUCAAGUAUUGGAUGACUUUAUUUCAUCUGUACCACAGCCUGCUGGUGUAGUAAGUUGGUCUCCUCCACAACAAAAUUGGGAUCCAUGGACCGGUUGUAAUAUAGACGAGGGACCACUUGCUGCAAUGACUUUAGAACAGUUGUCAGAAGAUUUACUAUAUGAGCAACGUGAAAGACUGCAACAAGAUGUUAAUCUUCAACAGAUUAUUAAAGAAAGAUCUACUUUGCCAGUUUUCUCGAUGAAAAAUGAAAUAAUGAAUGCUAUUAAUGAAAAUUCUAUUAUUAUUAUUCAAGGAAACACAGGUUGUGGUAAAACAACUCAAGUAUGUCAGUUUAUUUUAGACGAUUACAUUGCAUCCGGUCAAGGUGCAUUCUGUAGUAUUGCAAUUACGCAACCCAGGAGAAUAUCUGCUGUAUCUGUAGCUGAUCGGGUUGCCACAGAAAGAUGUGAAAAUUUAGGAGAGUCUGUUGGUUAUUCUGUACGAUUUGAAUCUGCUUUACCAAGACCUUAUGGUAGUAUAAUGUUCUGUACUGUUGGUGUACUUUUAAGAAAAUUAGAAGGUGGUUUAAGAGGUGUAUCGCAUGUUAUUGUUGAUGAAAUUCAUGAACGAGAUGUCAAUUCUGAUUUCAUUAUGGUCGUUCUUCGUGACAUGAUUCAUAUGUAUCCAGAUUUACGAAUUAUUUUAAUGUCUGCUACAAUUGAUACAACACUAUUCAGCAACUACUUCAAUAAUUGCCCGAUAAUAGAAGUACCAGGCAGAUCAUUCCCUGUUCAACGAUAUUUUUUAGAAGAUUGUAUACAAUUAACAAAUUUCGUACCACCUAUGGAUUCCAAGAAACGUAAAAGUCGGGAUACAGAUGAUUUACCAACAGAUGGAGAACCAGAGGAAAACUUGAAUAAAGUCAUUGGUGAAACUUAUUCUAUCCAAACAAAAAAUGCCAUGGCACAACUGACUGAAAAAGAAAUAAGUUUCGAGCUCAUAGAGGCUUUACUGAGAUAUAUCAAGGAACAAGGUAUUCCAGGAGCUGUUUUAAUUUUUUUACCAGGCUGGAAUUUAAUAUUUGCGUUAAUGAAACAUUUACAACAACAUCCCGUUUAUGGUGGACCAGAAUAUGUAAUUAUACCAUUACAUUCCCAGUUACCUAGAGAAGAUCAACGUAAAGUUUUUGAUCCUGUAGAUGUAGGAAUAACAAAAAUUAUUUUAGCAACAAAUAUUGCUGAAACCUCGAUUACAAUUAAUGAUGUAGUCUAUGUGAUAGAUUCUUGCAAAGCUAAAAUGAAGCUUUUUACUUCUCAUAAUAACAUGACAAAUUAUGCUACUGUUUGGGCUAGCAGAACAAAUUUAGAACAGAGGGAAGGUCGAGCAGGACGUGUUAAACCGGGAUUUUGUUUUCAUUUGUGCUCUAAAGCACGGUUUAAUAAAAUGGAUGAACAUAUGACCCCGGAAAUGUUCAGAACGCCCUUACAUGAAUUAGCAUUAAGUAUUAAACUAUUAAGAUUAGGUAGUAUUGGAAAAUUUUUAUCGAAAGCAAUUGAACCACCUCCGAUAGAUGCUGUAAUUGAAGCCGAGGUCAUACUACGUGAGAUGAAGUGUUUAGACAAAAAUGAUGAAUUAACACCUCUAGGUAAAAUAUUGGCUCGAUUGCCUAUAGAACCACGUUUAGGUAAAAUGAUGAUUCUGGGUUGUAUGUUUCGAGUCGGUGAUGCACUCUCUACAAUGGCUGCGAAUAGUACAACAUUUCCAGAAGUAUAUAAUAUGGGACCUGAUGUAAGGCGUUUAUCCGCACAGCAAAAAUGGUUUGCCGGUGCGAGAUAUAGUGAUCAUGUAGCAAUGUUACACGCUUUUCAAGCAUGGGAAGAAGCUAGACUAGGUGGAGAAUAUGCGGAGCAAACAUUUUGUGAUUCCAAAAAUUUAAGCAUGCCCACAUUAAGGAUUACUUGGGAAGCUAAGAACCAAUUACAAGCACUUCUACAAAAUGCUGGAUUUCCGCAAGAAACUCUUUGCCCCACGCCAUUGAAUUAUCAGGCUGGUGCAGAUGUUCGUCUUGAUACAAUUACCGCACUGUUAUGUAUGGGUCUCUAUCCAAAUGUUUGUUAUCAUAAAGAAAAGAGGAAGGUGCUUACCACUGAAUCUAAAGCAGCAUUAAUUCAUAAGACCUCAGUCAAUUGCAGUAAUUUUGAACAGAAUUUCCCAUUUCCAUUCUUCGUGUUUGGAGAAAAGAUUCGUACAAGAGCAGUAUCCUGUAAACAAAUGACUAUGGUAUCGCCAAUUCAUUUACUAUUAUUUGGUUCCCGAAAAGUUGAGUACACUAACGGUGUCGUAAAAUUGGAUAAUUGGAUAAAUUUAGAUAUGGAUCCAAAUCACGCAGCAGCAAUAGUGGCUUUACGACCCGCUUUAGAAAGUCUUGUCGUGAAAGCCGCAAAAGAACCAGAAACUAUUUUAGAAUUAAGUCCAAAUGAAGAAAAAGUAUUAAAUGUUAUUAAGUCAAUAUGCGGAAUGAAUGCCUGUCGUUAUAAUCUAGAUCAAAUUACUGGUGGUGGUUUUCAAUCACGAAGGCCACCAAGGGGACAUUCGACAAAUUUCUAUUCGGACAACGGCAAUCCUGCAAAAAUGAUGAGAAUGGGUGGUGGUUUCCGUGGAAGUCCACGCGGCGGAGGUGAAGGUAGUGGUUAUUCAAGAAACAGUUAUUUUGGUGGAUAUAGAGGUGGAGGCAAUAGAGGAUAUGGAAUGCAGAAUUCACGUGGAUGGGGCGGUGGAAAUUGGGGAGGUAGAGGAAAUUUUCGCGGUCGUUUUUAGUUAUAAGCUUUAAUAAUUCCUAAACUAGUAUUUCUCUAAUUAUUCAUGCGUAAUCAGUAUAUUUUGCACUAAUAUAUGUCAUCUUCAAAGCAAAGCUGUAAA